AUGAGCACCUUAGUGCAGCAUAAUAAUUCGCCGCACUACCCUCAAUCACAAAUCAUGACUAGUGGCGAAGGAUUAGUACGGCAACAGCGUCCAACGCACAAUCCAUCAAAAAAUCUAGAUGCAUGUGAACUGCAAUGUCUGUACGAAAUACUCGGACGUGAACGUGUGACGUUAGCUACAGCUGUUGCGCAGAUUCUACAUGGUAACAACGGUAGUUGGAGAAAACAAGCAUGCGGUGUGUUUUGUUUCGUCAAAGAUUAUGAUAAUCGAAGUUAUUGUUUUCGACUAUAUGACCUUAAAACUAGGCAAGCUAUUUAUGAAGAGACAGUGCCCGCGGCACUUCGUUUGGAAAAAGCAUUAGAUGUCUUUUAUACAUUCGAUGGAUCAAAUUGUAAAAUUGGAAUCAAUUUCGUUGAUCGUGAUGAAGCACAAACAUUCUGGCAUCAUUUUCAUUCGAAGCAAGAGGAUCGACAAAAUAAAAAAGAGAAGAAAAGAAGUCAUCCACCAGCAAAAGUAUUACCACCUAAUAUUCAACCACCCAAUGCAUCACCAGGUGUAUCUGCUAUGAUGGGUGGAAUAAGACAUCCACCACCAGCUGUUGUACAAACACCAAUACCAUCGGGAGCACCUCCUGAGACUAUUUCAAAAAAAUCCCAUACAAAAAAUCCAGGGUUUUUCACCAUCGGCCGAAAGAAAAAACUUGCUCGACCAGAUAUAUCCGCACCAAUCCAAUCCACAUUGGUACACGUUGGUCAUAUUGGCACCAAAGAUAGCUUCUUCAACGACGAUUCACAGAAACAAUUGUUCGAAACAGUUUUGGCUGGUAUGGGUAUCUCACGCGAAGAUGAAUUAUAUGUCCGAGAAAUCAUAAAAACAGACGGCGGCCUACAAAAAUUGCUUGCUAAAUCGACUCCAGCGUCGCGUGAUGCUAAUACUAAUCAUCAUGAACAACCACAACAAAUGCUGAAUGCACCACCGGAGAUUCCACCGCGUAGCUAUCAAACUAUGGGACGAAGCAAUGGUGGUCGAGUUCCACAUCAAGAUAUAUCUACACCUUCUUCCCUUAACAAUCAAUCUACCCCAAGUCGACCACAACCAUUUCAAGAGAUGUUCAAUCCACCUUCUGCACCUAAUAUUCCACCUCGACCACCUUUUCGUACGCCUGAUAAUUCACAUUCAGUUUCACACGGACCAGCUGCUCCACCUGUUCCACCGCCCCCGCCGCCGCCACCGCCUCCACUUCACGGAUCACCUGCUGUCGAUCCAAGCCGUGGCCAUGCUCCGCCCGCACCACCACCACCAGUCCCCCCACCCCCUCCGCCUCCGCCGCCAAUGCCUGCAAAUUUUAUGAAUCAAACUCCGGGUAGUUCUGGAGGCAUUCCACCCCCACCCCCACCUCCUCCUCCGCCUCCACCGUCUUCUGGCGGUUCAAGCAGUACAACAAGAAAUCCGCCACCAUCAAUACCGGCUGCAGCUUCCGGUCGCGACGACUUAAUGAGUGCGAUUCGAAACUUCGGCACCUCCAGCUUAAAACCCCAUGCUAAAGCAACAUCAUCAGUACCAGUCAACGACGAACCAUCUUCAGGUGAUUCUAGUCCAGGAGUACAGGAUACCAUGGCAAAGAACAUCAUGAAAAUUCUCGCUGAACGACGAGAGAAACUAGUUGGACCCGAAAGAGAAGACGAUAGUGAUUCAAGCGGUAGCGAAUGGUCAAAUUAA